CCAACAUGGAGCCCGGCGGCGGCGGGGACGCGCUGCCGAGGCUGCGGCGGCCGGGGCGGCGCGGGCCGGAGCCCCGGGAGCCGCAGGAGCCGCAGCCGCCGGUGCCGGGCGGCGGGACGGCCGAAGAGUCUACAGCUGUAGAGAAGACGAUAAGGCCUCUUAACAGACUGAAUAUUCAUUCUGCAUUCUGGAUUUUGGCAUCAAUAGCUGUGACAUACUACUUUGAUUUUUUAAAAAAUGUUAAAGAAACUAUGCAAGCCGAUAGCUGGUGGCUUUCCUGUGGCACUUGUUUAUUGGCUGCAUGUUUAUCUGUUGCCUUUUACUGCAUACUGUAUCUUGAGUGGUACUGUGGAAUUCAGGACUAUGAUGAGCAGUACCCUGCACUGAUUCCUGUUGCAACAGCUACCUUUAUAGCAGCAGCAGUUUGUUUCAAUGUUGCCUUGUGGCCUGUCUGGUCAUUUUUUACACCUGUGUUGCUCUUUAUUCAGUUCAUGGGUGUUGUGAUGCUGGUGUCACUUCUGGGAUAACCUCUUCAGCUUCAUGUGAAGGAUUUGAGUAACUGUAAUCCUGCAAAGUGUAUGUCACUUUUGUUGCAUUCCAGUACUUCUGUUGUUUCUAAUACUGCCUGUUUGCUCUAACUAAUACAGUAAUUCUUAAUCUACUCGAUUUAUAAAUCAAUGAACAUAACCAUAGGAAAAAGCAACUGAUUAGUGAAUAAUUUGAAGAUAAAUAGGUUUUACAUCUCUUAGUAACAUGAGGCCUUUGAUUUUGUAGAUCUUUGUAAAGCUUCUAUUUAUAUUGGAAUAUUAAGCUCAUGGGUAGUAAGUAAUAGCACCAUAGAAUAGUUUGUGUUGAAAGGGACCUUUAAAUAUUAUCUCUGGGGACCUCAGAGAGCACAUACUCAAACUUCCUGCUCAAAUCAUGUUGUUUGGUUUGUAAGUAAGUGAUACUUAAAUUAAGUGCUGUGGGGUUUUAGUACUAUAUUCUUUCCAUUUGAAUUGACAGGUAAAAUACUGUUAUCUGGAACCUGUGUUUGUACUUGUAAACUUACUUACAGGAGACAUUUCUUGAUCUGUUAAAUUUCUAAUGUUAUGUGUUUUACCAUGUAGGAACUACUAUAUUAUCUAAUGUCUGGAAUUCAGAUCUGCUAGUAUUUAAAAAAAAAGUAUGGAUGGGGGUAAGGGAAAGUGGUUGACAUUUGGCAGUGCCAUCAAUUAAAUAAAUAAAUUCUACUUGUGCUCAUACAGUUUGUCCACAGUCAAAGGUAGAUGAUGAAGCUGUGAAUAACCAGCAAUGCUAUGAACAGUAUUAACACUACACAAGAAAUUUAGAGCACACAUUAAAUUUUUUUGAUGUAUGUUUUUCAGUAUUCAGGUUGUUUUUUCUUCUGUAAAUUAACUUUUUGUUCUUAGCAGUGCCUAUUAAUAAAGUUUCCAUUUUCCUUCCUCAGCAAUGAAGACACUGAUAUUAACUUAAAAGCUACUAGUAAUACUCAGUUGAGGAAGAAAGUAAGAUUUUAUUUUUAUUAGGUGUCUGUUCAUGUUGACUGACAUACUUAACUACCUGAAGACCUGGGCACCAUCUAGUUGCUAGACCACUUCUUGUAGAUCCUUGUGUAAAUACUUUUUCACUCAUGCCUUUUGGAAAAUAGAAGAAUGUAGAAAUUGGGUAUUGAAACCAGUUAAAAUCUACUCCUUGUGAGUGUUGCUUGAAGUCUGGACUGUCAAAAGAUACUGUGUUCUUCAUAUUGACUUCCAGAUUCACACCAUUGCUGAACACAUGGAAUGUUUAGUAAUGAAAGAGGUACAUAUCAUCUUUGGCAUUUACUGUUCCAUUAACGAAAAAGGUUGUGACCAAAUAUUAUGUAAUACGAAGGAUCAGACAAACCAAAACAAAGUGCAUUCAGCACUACUUGAAGUAGUUUGUAGGGUAAGUUAACAGCUUGCUUUGUUUAAAUGAAAUAUUUGAAUUUGCCCAAACCAGUCAUGCUUCACAUCUUUAAAGUGCAAGUUGCUUAUUUUCAGGUCUUCAUCUUUUAAGAGGUUUUAACAAUUUUAUGUCUGCAUACAAAGGUACAUUUGAGUAACUUUUAUAAUAUUUAAAAUGCAAUAUUGCUCAGGGAUGGUUAUUAUAGCUGUGUUUUUAUUUAUCAGCUAUAUAAAUGCUCUAGGUGUUUUAAGUUGCCUUGUGAUCUGAAUUAAAAUUACUAUUUGCUACAUGAUUUUCCAAAUUCAUUCUUCUGAACAUCUUAAUAAACUUUGUACAAAAGCGA